GUGAGAAUGACCACUUUAACUCACCGGGCCCGUCGCACUGAAGUAGGCAAGAACUCUGAAAAGAAGGUGGAAAGUGAGGAAGACACUAAUCAAGACAAGAGUCCAGACAAUGAGGACUCUGGUGACUCUAAGGAUAUUCGCCUCACCCUUAUGGAAGAAGUAUUGCUCCUGGGACUAAAAGAUAAAGAGGGUUACACAUCUUUCUGGAAUGACUGCAUAUCAUCUGGCCUGCGAGGGGGCAUCCUGAUAGAGCUGGCCAUGCGGGGUCGAAUCUAUCUGGAACCCCCCACCAUGCGUAAGAAGCGACUACUGGACAGAAAGGUAUUGCUAAAGUCAGAUAGCCCAACAGGAGAUGUUUUACUGGAUGAAACUCUCAAACACAUCAAAGCAACUGAACCCACAGAAACCGUCCAGACAUGGAUAGAGCUACUCACAGGUGAGACCUGGAACCCCUUCAAAUUACAGUACCAACUGAGAAAUGUGAGAGAACGAAUUGCAAAGAACCUAGUAGAGAAGGGUAUUCUAACCACAGAGAAGCAGAAUUUCCUCCUAUUUGACAUGACUACUCAUCCAGUGACCAAUACAACAGAGAAACAGCGACUAGUGAAAAAACUUCAAGAUAGUGUCCUAGAGCGGUGGGUGAAUGACCCCCAGCGUAUGGACAAACGAACACUAGCGCUCCUGGUGCUGGCCCACUCCUCUGACGUGCUAGAGAAUGUCUUCUCCUCUCUGACAGAUGACAGGUAUGAUGUGGCAAUGAAUCGAGCCAAGGACUUAGUAGAACUGGACCCUGAAGUGGAGGGGACAAAGCACAGUGCCACAGAGAUGAUCUGGGCUGUGCUGGCAGCCUUCAAUAAAUCCUAA